AUGGUCCGCGGCGCCGAAUACGACAACAACGUCCCCUCAAGCGACAACCCCAUCGAGAACGGCCCUAACAAGGUCCACGGCGCAGGCUCAACCGACGCCGACAUCAACCGCGUCCACCGCACCGCCGAACUCCCCGAAGCAGCCAAAAGCUCAGGCGGCCUACACAGCGGCGGUGGCAGCUCGGGCCCCACGCAAUCAGGCAGUGGCAAGGGCGGCCACGAGCCCAAGACGCUGGGCGAGAACAAGGGGUUGGGGGCGCACAAGGCUUGA